AUGGGCACCUGUACUGAGCCUCUUGCACCGCAGCAGCCCAACCCGUCCGCCUCGACCUCGUCGUCCGCCCUCCCUCCUCCUCGCGCCUCGAUCAACGUCCUCCCCCUCGAGCUCAAGCAGUACAUCGCCCAGCUCUGCGCCGACGAUGACGACGACUCGUGCAAGCGCAACAUGACGCUGCGCGCGCAGCUGCGCAACUGCGACAACCACGAGCACGAGUACGACGAGCUCGACGAGCCGAUCGACGACGACGACUGGCACAAGAUGGACGACGCCGUCGAGAACUUCAUCGGUGGGGCGAGCUGUCGACGCGUUAUCCCGCAGCUCUUCCAGGUGUCGCGCGAGUGGGCCGACAUCGUAGCGCCUCACCGGUUCAAGACGGUCGAGUACCGCCAGCUCCCCGUCGCGCCUCUGGUAUAUCGUGUGCCCGGAAGGCUCGCGCCCCCUUCAUCCGUCCAGCUCGCCCACUUCCGCAACCACGACCUGCGCCGAGUCGACCCGCUGGUCGUCGACUACGCCAUCUCGAUUAUUCGGCCCGUUGCGCGUCGGCUUGUCCUCGACGCCGGCGCCGUCGAUCGCCUCGUCGAGGUCAUCGAGGACGAGGCGGUCCGCAACAAGCUCGCCGUCAUCGAGGAGGUCGAGGUCGACUACCCGCCCGCGUCUACUUCUACGCUCCUCGGCGCGCUCCCUCGCCUUCAGUCGAUCAGCCUGUUCGUCAAGCGUCAGGAGCUCACGGAGGGUCUCGUGCGCGACAUCAUCAAGGCGGCGCCCUCGGUGCGGCAGUUGUCGAUCCGGGAGCCGCGGGGCUUCAGCGUCGAGGCGCAGCCCGCCGCGUCGUCGUUGCGGUGGGAGCCUCUUCGCGCUCUCGAGUCGUUCCUGUACGAUGGCCAAGAUCUGGGUCCCGUCGUCCUCGGUCUCGUCGCCGCAUGCGCACCCACCCUGCGCUCCCUCGACUUGCGCCUCAGCUCGUCGACGGCGCAGCCGGCGCUCGCCACACGCCUCGCCUUUCCUCGUCUGGCCCAUCUCGCCCUGAGCGGGCAGUGCUCAGGUCUUGCGCCCCUCCUCGAGUCGUUGAGCGAGAACGCCAUCCCCAACCUCGUCGAGCUCAAGCUCGGCAACCGGUGGGAGCUGUUCCAGGACCCGACGGCCGAGAGGGAAUACGGUGAACCGCUCGAUGAAGAGAUCAGCUCCCCCCUCCUUCACCUCGACGCCCUUCUCCUGCCCUCGGGCCGCCCUCACCGCACCCUCGCCACCAUCUUCCUCUCGGACCCCGAACGCUUCUUCCGCGCCGACGAGCUCGACUACCUCGAGGGCGUCAUCGCCGAGCACUACUCGACCUACGAGUGGAUCCUCGCCCCGAUGCGGCGCUUCCCCUCGCGCGCCGUCUUCCCCGACGCCGUGGAGCACGCCGGGACGUCGGCGACGAGCGCCGAGCGCGUGCGGCGCGACUUGCGCAGGACGCUCGACCACGUCGACGCGCUGUAUGAGCGCGCGAGCCUGAGCGCGCGCAUGUCGAGCGACGACAAGCGCCGGGUCGCGAGGUUGGCCGAGGCGUUGAGCGAGUUCGAGUUUGACCGGGUCGAGAGGGGCCUGUAG